AUGUGCAAGUGUGUGUGCACCGCCCUAUGGGUCGCACUGCUGGCCGCGCCGGUCGCCGCCGCAAACGACUGGCGGCGCUGGAUCAGCCAGGCCGCCGACAGCCUCAGCCACGCCUCGCGGGCGGAGCUCAGCCUGCCGCGGGUCGACGGCGGUGAGAGGCUGUCGCCGGCGGAGCUGGAGGCGCCACUGCUCGGCGCGCGGCUGUCGUGGCUCGCGUACGCCGAGAAGAGGCGCGAGGUCGAGGCUGGCCUCGCGCUUCUCGGCUCCGGGAUGGAGCUCGUCCGCUUCUCGCCGCAGCGCGACUCGAAAGGAGCGCAGUGGCUGGUCGCGCGCGACGCCGAGUCGGGCACCCUCUGGGUCGCCUUCCGCGGCACCGCCUCGCUCGCCGACGUGGAGCUGCGCGAGGUGGUCGAGGCGGAGCUGCGCGUCCGUCCGUGUGAGAGGCUCGCCCUGUGCGGCCACAGCCUCGGCGGCGCGCUAGCGAUGACGCUGCUCGGCGCCGGCUUGCUGCCUUGCGCCAGUGGCGACGCGGGGUACGCGCACUGGCCUGGGGGAGAGCUAGUCUACCUCGACCCUGCCGGCGGGGGCGCGCGACGCGUGCCGCGCGCGCAGCGCGAUCGGGUGCUCCACCUGCACCGGGCGGUGCACCCCGACGCGGCGGCGCACCACAAGUGCUACUUCGAUUUCACUCUGACACGCUAA